ACAAGGUGUUGAAUGUGACAUGGGAUGGGCGGGCACGCGAACGCCCUCCCGCUCACGACCGCCCUCGCCCGCCUCAUCGACCGCUGUCACAGCCUUCGACAACUCCAACAAAUCCACGCCCGAAUCAUCGUCGCUCGCCCUUCGCUCGGCCACGAUGCCACCGCAGCUGUCCUGACCCGCCUCCUCUUCGCCUCCGCCUCCUCCCCCUCUUCCUCCUCCUCCCUCCACUACGCCGCCGUCCUCUUCCGCCGCCUCCCCGCUGCGCCCACUCUGUUCGCCUACAACGCCCUCAUUCGAGCCAACUCCUUCGGCUUCUGCUCCCAUCUCAACCCUCUCUCCCUCUAUUCCCAAAUGCUCUCCUCUGGUGUCCGUCCCGACCACCUCACCUUCCCUUUCUUAUUCAAGUAUUGCUCUCAUAUUCUCGACUCCGUCGUCGGGCAAAGCUUGCAUGUGCACAUACUUUGGCUCGGGUUUCACACCGAUGUUUAUAUUCAGAAUUCUAUGAUCCAUAUGUACGCUACUUGUGGGCUUAUUGAUUGCGCCGGUAAAUUGUUCGAGGUAAUGCCUCUCAAAGACAUUGUUUCUUGGAAUUCGAUGCUGAUCGGCUACUUGAGAUGCGGAGAGCUGGACUUGGCGUUGGAUUUGUUUCUUGGCAUGAGGGAGAGGAAUGUGAUCACUUGGAAUUCGAUCAUCACUGGGUUCGUCCAGGCUGGGCGGUCGAGGGAGGCAUUGGAUUUGUUUCAUGAGAUGCUGAUUCUGCAUGAUGAUAAUGUGAAACCCAAUAAGGUCACCGUUUCAAGUGUUAUCUCAGCAUGUUCUUCUUUGGGAGCGCUAGAUCAGGGGAAGUGGGUGCAUGGUUAUCUGAAGAAGCAGUUUUUGGAGUUUGAUGUCGUGAUUGGGACCGCUUUGAUCGACAUGUACGGAAAGUGUGGGUGUGUGGAGAGAGCUAUUGAGGUAUUUGAGAAGAUGCCAAAGAAGGAUGUUUUGGCCUGGACGGCUAUGAUCUUGGUAUUUGCAGUCCAUGGACUUGCAGAGGAGGCUUUUGCUCUUCUAGAACAGAUGGAGAGGCAUCGGGUGAUGCCUAACCAUGUAACUUUCGGUGCUCUGCUGAGGGCUUGUGCUCAUUCGGGAUUGGUAGAGAAAGGGCUUUGGUGCUUUGAUAGGAUGAAAGCUACUUACUUGAUUGAGCCACAGCGACAGCAUUAUGCAUGCAUGGUUGAUUUACUUGGCCGAGCAGCUCUUUUUGAAGAAGCUGAACGACUCAUAAGAAGCAUGCCGAUGGAACCAGAUUCGUUUGUUUGGGGGGCAUUACUUGGUGCUUGUAGGAUGCACGGAAACGUGGAGGUUGGAGAACGGGUGGCUAAUUAUUUGAUAGGAUUGGAUCCUCAGAAUCAUGCUUUCUAUAUAACACUUUCAGAUAUUUGUGCAAAGGCUAAAAGGUUUGGGGAUGUGAAGAGAAUUAGGUCUUUUAUGGAAGAGUGUGGGAUAAGGAAAACUACGCCAGGUUGCAGUAUGAUUGAGGUUGAUGGCCAGGUGCUUGAAUUUCCUGCCAAAAGAGUGCCCAAGGAUCUGAGAAAUGAAAUUGAGUGGGUUUUAGAUGCGAUUAAUGUUGAAUUGAGAUAUAAUUUUCCUCAUCACGAUGCUGAUAACCUUCAGGCUGAGUAUGUUCGGUUGAAAUUUCAUCAAACGUGACAUUAAAUGACAGGAAAAGAUCAUUGAAGCUAAAUGUAGUUGGUUGUUGGUACUUGGUAGUUUUUCAGGCUGUAAUAUUGGUUUUCCAUGGCCCACCGGAUAUCUUUCGAAGAAGGAUUCUUGUACUUCUGAGAAGUUAUCACUGAAGAUGGAUUAUUUUCUUGUGGAA